CGGGCGGCUCCCGCCUCAGCUUCGGCAGUGGCGUCGGCGGCGGCGGCGGAGUCGAAGCAUCCGCGAGCGCUCGGCAGAGUGUCAGCCGGCGGCGACGGCGCAAGAGCUGGGAGUUAGGGGACACGCGCGCCGGACCUUCCACCGCCGCCGCGCAGCGGCCGCUGCUGCUGCCGCCACCCAGAGCCGGAGGCGCCGGGGCCGGGGCGGCCGGGGGGCGGGUGGGCGAGCCGGGGGGAGGGUGGGGGAUGGCGCGGACUCCGGGGCCGGCCCCGCUGUGUCCCGGAGGCGGCAAAGCACAACUUUCCUCCGCCUCUCCCCCCGGGGCCGGGCUCCUGCUGCCAGCCCCGACGCCACCGCCGCUGCUGCUGCUGCUCUUCCCGCUGCUGCUCUUCUCUCGGCUCUGCGGUGCCUUAGCUGGACCGAUUAUUGUGGAGCCACAUGUCACAGCAGUAUGGGGAAAGAAUGUUUCAUUGAAGUGUUUAAUUGAAGUAAAUGAAACCAUAACACAAAUUUCAUGGGAGAAGAUACGUGGCAAAAAUACACAGACUGUUGCAGUCCAUCAUCCUCAAUAUGGAUUCUCUGUUCAAGGAGAGUAUCAGGGAAGAGUCCUGUUUAAAAACUAUUCACUAAAUGAUGCAACAAUUACUCUACAUAACAUAGGAUUCUCUGAUUCUGGAAAAUAUAUAUGUAAAGCUGUUACAUUCCCACUUGGAAAUGCCCAGUCUUCUACAACUGUAACUGUGUUAGUUGAACCUACUGUGAGCCUGAUAAAAGGGCCAGAUUCUUUAAUUGAUGGAGGAAAUGAAACAGUAGCAGCCAUUUGUAUAGCAGCCACAGGAAAACCAGUUGCACACAUUGAAUGGGAAGGUGAUCUUGGUGAAAUGGAAUCUACUACAACUACUUUUCCAAAUGAAACAGCAACAAUUGUCAGCCAGUACAAGCUGUUCCCAACCAGAUUUGCUAGAGGAAGACGAAUUACUUGUGUUGUAAAACAUCCAGCCUUGGAAAAGGACAUCCGAUAUUCUUUCAUACUAGAUAUACAGUAUGCUCCUGAAGUUUCAGUAACAGGAUAUGAUGGAAAUUGGUUUGUAGGAAGAAAAGGUGUAAACCUCAAAUGUAAUGCUGAUGCAAAUCCACCACCCUUCAAAUCUGUGUGGAGCAGGUUGGAUGGACAAUGGCCUGAUGGUUUAUUGGCUUCAGACAAUACUCUUCAUUUUGUCUACCCACUGAAUUACAAUUAUACUGGUGUUUAUGUAUGCCAAGUAACCAACUCCCUUGGUCAAAGAAGUGAUCAAAAGGUCAUCUACAUUUCUGAUCCUCCUACUACUACCACCCUUCAGCCUACAGUUCAGUGGCAUCCUUCAACUUCUGACAUCGAGGAUCUGGCAACAGAACCUAAAAAAUUGCCCUUCCCAUUGUCAACUUUGGCAACAAUUAAGGAUGACACAAUUGGCACAAUCAUUGCUAGUGUAGUGGGUGGGGCUCUCUUCAUAGUACUUGUGAGUGUUCUGGCUGGGAUAUUCUGCUAUAGGAGAAGACGGACGUUUCGUGGAGACUACUUUGCCAAAAACUACAUUCCACCCUCAGACAUGCAGAAAGAAUCACAAAUAGAUGUUCUUCAACAAGAUGAGCUUGAUUCUUACCCAGACAGUGUAAAAAAAGAAAACAAAAAUCCAGUGAACAAUCUAAUACGUAAAGACUAUUUAGAAGAGCCUGAAAAAACUCAGUGGAACAAUGUAGAAAAUCUCAAUAGGUUUGAAAGACCGAUGGAUUAUUACGAAGAUCUAAAAAUGGGAAUGAAGUUCGUCAAUGAUGAACGUUAUGAGGAGAACGAAGAUGACUUAGUCUCACAUGUAGAUGGUUCUGUAAUUUCCAGGAGGGAGUGGUAUGUUUAGCAACCACUAAAUGUGACUUAACUAUGUACAAGGUUUCAUUCAUACUAGUUGAUCAUUUUCAGAUUGCUCAUACUUUUUCUUGAGGAGGAAUAAUCUUUUUCAAGUUGAUUUCCGAGCUUACUUUUUAUAUUCUGAUCUGACAAAUGAAAAUGUAAAAUCUGGGUUCAAUGUAUUUGAGCUGCUUUUCAAUUUUUUUUCAAUGCUGUACUACUGUCUCAAGAUUUAAAUUUUAAUGCAGAGUACUUUAUUGGUCUGAGGCACACAGGUAAGAAGACAUGUCAAUGUUAAAUGUAUGACUUUUUUGGUACAAAAAUUAAAAAAGGAAACUACCUUGGCAUUGUGUAUUAAAUGUUUACCUAAGACUAUUAUCUCAAGUAUAAUGUUUGUGAUACAUAUACCUCUCUCAAUUUAUCACCACUAAAUGAUACCACAUCAAAAUUGAUGAGAAAACUAAUUAAAAAAUGUUUAUAUAUAUUUUUAAGAUACUAAAAAUAUUCAACCUGAUGGAACAUUUUUCCUUUUCAAACAUUUUUUUUAAAUUUCCAUACAAAUGGAAUCUUUACCUCGCAUUUUAAUGAGCCUUGCCAUAAUUACUGUAGAGUGGCUUUUCAAAGAUAUUUGUUGCACUAAAACUAUGGUAGUAAACUCAGUGAACAUGAUGUGUGAAAGAGCAUAAUUAGCUGGUCAGGAAUUUUGCCCCAAAUACAUUACAAGAGUAAUAAAAUACAUGCCUUCUAAACAUGAUAAUUAUUAUAAUUUUUUCAUCACCAGAGGACAGUUUGUAUAUUGUCUUAUGGACAUGGAUUUUUGUACAUUAUGCAUUGACCUUAUUUUAAUGCCUGAUUUCCUAAAUAUAUGAACAAUAAUAAAAAUAUGGUACAGAGCAGAGAGGGCAUUUCAGUAUGUUGGCUUACCAGUUUCAUAAAUAGCUUCUAUAAACCAUCUCAUUUGAGUUAUUUAAUAUUGAUAUUGUUUAAACGGGUAAAUGUACAAGAAAAAAUAAACUUGGAAAGUUGGGAUUGAACUAGAAAAACCCGAAUUAUAGAAUCAUUCGGGUGGCACUUGCUGAUGAAUAUUGGCAACCCAUCUCCUUUUUCUCCAUUUUCUCCUAAAUGUAUGUAUGUGUUUCAAAUUUUUUUUGUUUUUCCAAUUAAAACUGGAAACAUACCAUAAGGUUUUUUUGUUUUCUUUUACAUAAUUCAUUAAGGAUAUCUUUCCAAAAUUAUGUAACUUUUGAAAAAGAAAUGUUUUCUAAGUAUUCAAAUGUGAGUCUUCUUUGUAAGAUAAUUACUUCUACAGUGCAAUUCUACAAAAUUGUAAUAAUGACAUUUGUUUUGAAGCUCAAAGAAUGUUUAUUGGUGAUUCAUUAGCAUAAAGGACUGUGUAGAAUAAGUAUUUUGCCAGGACAAUGGAGUAGAACUUCUUAAUAAUUGUAAAAAAUAUUUUUAAUGAAAAAGAAAAAUUAGAUAUAUGACUCAGCUACUCCUCCUGAUUUAUGGAAUCGGGGGAAAAAAAGAUUAUAGAAGGCAAAUAAAUUGUAACAUUGAUAGAACAUUGCAGGUAGUAAAAGUUUUAUUCUUAAAAAUGAUAGUUUUCUCUAGCAGCACUCUUUGAAAAUUAGAAAUUCUUCCCUAAUGUGUUACAUCAGAUUAAGGAAUACAGUUAAACUCACUGAUUCCUUGUUUAAAAAAAAUUUUUGGUUUUACUAUAGCUAACCACAGAUAUUAAUAUUUUAGUCCAAGUCAUUAGUAGAAAACUUUUUGAUAAUAUACUGUGAUUGAAAUAACUUUAAUUUUAACUUAAGUAUCAGCAUUGAUAUCAGCCACAAGAAAGAUAGGUCUAAAAUUUCUUUCCAUGAAAGAUGUAAGUUAGUGGGGUUUUUUGACCAAAACUUUUAUCUCUAAGAACAAGAUUUUGAAGUGCUACAUGAAUCAAAGCAGAAUAGUUACAUUUAUGAUUCUAUAUAAAUCUCAACCUGAACAUAAUUCUGAAAGAAAUUAGCAUUGUAUUUCAACUUCCUUUCACAUUCUGGCCAUUGUAUGUUUAGUUUUUGGUGGUUUGUUUUGCUUGGGAAAGGGCAAAGCUGGAAACCUAUAAGUCAUUAUUUAAUAUAUUCUGUAUUAUUUCAAAUCAUUUGGUACACUGAAGGGUUUCCAAGGUUAGGAAUCUUAACUAACACAUAAGAUUUUUGGAAGUAUUGCACUGUUGUUUAUUAGAGCUUUAUAUAUGUAUACUGUACAUAGGACAUUGUUUGUAAACAUGAAUAGUCAAAUAAACAUUUUUGUUAAAUUAA